GAACUAACGUUGAAUCGCGAUUUCUGCCAGAGAUGCGAAGAAAAGUUGUAACACAUCCGUAAUAUGGCUCCAAGGCGUGAGACUUUGACUGCAAAUAUAUUGAGCCCUCAGGAUAUUACUACGACCUCCAGCGGCCAACCUACAGCCCCGUUAGGUUUUCCUCAUUCCACUUCACCUUCGAAUUGAUUCACGAACUUUCUCUCGAAACCGGCAAGAUGGUUUGGCAGGAGUGCAUCCAAUCCAAAGAUCAGCACCGUUGCUGCUGCUUCAGAACCCAGAACGAGCAGUUCUUUGGGAAGAAAACACAAGAUAUCAUGUUCUACUGACCCUAGGCCGAUUCUGGACUCACAUAGUGCUGCUCUGGGGGCUAGAUCCGUAAUGGAACUGACCUCACGAAAUCCGAAUUCUCUAGACCUUUCAUCCAUCGGUUUCAAUUCCAGUCAGCCCUCCAGUCCUUCCAGUCCACUUCGGUCAACAUAUGGACUCGGUGACCUCCGAGCAAUCUCUCGACGAGCAUGCAAGCUUUCGGCGGAUAUUGCCCAAUAUCGCAAUCGGAGUAAUAGCAAUACUAGUCCAUUAUCUCCAGGCGGUCCUCCUUCGGCUCCGCCUUUCUUCGAACGCAGUUUAAGCCAUGGUACUGGCGUACAGCCGUUUCCAUCACUGCCGAGAAUCAAUACACCAUCUUCAGCUACUCCAACAGUGUCCAUCUCAAUAUCAGCACCUCCUGCUCCAUCGCCCACCCACCUCGCUCCCAAGCGGAAGGGUUCCGCAGGUUCAGAGAUGGAAGGAACGUCAACACCACCUGUCCCUACACGGGGCGCUUUUCCUUUCAGCUCUAGUAGUCGAACUCUUCUUCCCGACUCAUCUUCUUCCUCGAGCACUUCGCAGCCAGUUCAUCGAUCUACUACUCUUCUAGCUCCACCCAAUAUCUCCAGCUCACCCAAACGGGCCUCCCAAAUCUUUGCCGACGGUACCGCAACGAAGGCGUGGAAGCCCUUCAAACUGGAGCUCAAGGGGUCCAAAUUGUAUUUCUAUAAACCUCCGUCUGAUAGGGCAGCAGCAAUUAAAGAGCUAUUUCCUACAGAGCUAGUACCUGUUAAUCAGCAGGAUGAGGACGAAAUUGGUAACAUUGGAGGAGUAGAGGGCGAGCUUGAAGAUGAUCCUUUUGCGUCUGCGACGGCCACGAAUACCCGAAUGGAUAUGCGGCCGACGAGACAGGAAAAUUCCAUUGCGCAGAGGAAAAAAAGAGCGUUCUGGGGUCGACGAACUCAUCCCGAUUUGUCAAAGGAUGCCGAGGGGAUAAUUGAGAAGGGAACAUUUGAGGCACUGACACAUGAGGCCGUCUUUGGCACUACUUUCUUCGGACUAGUGGAAGGGGAGGUCACCGCCGCGGAAAUUAGCAGUGGAAUUGGGAAGGCUAAGAUAGGAUCGAUGGAGCAAUGGAAAGAUUUCGCGGCUUCCAUCCUUCUCUGCAUGCCUCACUUGGUGGAUCAGACGAAGUUCGAAACGGAGCUGAUGAGGUGUUGCGAGUUUCUCGUCAGCGGCGCGGAAGAGGAGAAAAAAUCGGCAGAGAAGCAAAGAGUGGUGUGGUUAGCAGCAGAGUAUCUUCGAUACCACGGGCGGCCACUAGAAUUCCCUGAUUGGCCAGAAUGGAAAGCGGAAAUUGCUCCUGAAGCUAUCACCGUCCCACCCCCAGCCAUGCCUCUACCAAGGUCGACGUCCACACAAGCCUUAUACAACCCCACCCCCGUUGCGUCUCCGAAUAUAGGCAUGUUCUCGCCGAGACCGGGAGAGAGCAGUAACAUGUCAUUAGUGAAUGCCUUAAUUGAGAACGGACGCGAAGCUACUGCCACGCCUCAGCCAGGAUCCGGCAACUCUUACUUCGACCCGACCACGCCUGGGGCUCUUUCUCUUUCGACACCGUUUGGCACACCUUCAAGCCCCACUGUCAACAGGACUCCCUGGGCUUCUGCACUUGAUCGUGAAGGCCUAUCAAGAGAUGUACUUCUCCUGAUUGACCCCAACACCAUAGCACGCAGUCUGACUGUCUUUCAUCUCGCUGUUUUACAACAACUACCGGAAAAUCUCACAGCUAACUUUGUACUUGGGCCGGAAGGAUCGGAAUCGCACCCGUGGUCGACGCAACAACCAUUAUCAUCAUUAUCUGCCACUUCUUUAUUCGGUUCAGACGACCAUCCUCAUUGGCUUACAAAACUGCUAUUGGUGCAAAUCCUUGGGGCAGAUACUUCAACAGGUUACGCUACCCUACGGGGCGCUCAAUUAUCUUCACCGAGCCGAAGAUCUGAAGACCGGGGACCUACGUCCCGUACGCAUUCGCGUUCGGAAGUCAUAUCAGCCUGGAUCAAGAUUGGCGAGCUUUGUCGACUGAACGGGGAUGAGUGCUCGUGGAGAGCUAUCCUUCACGCAAUAUGUGCUGCUCCUGUCGCUCGACUGGAAAAGGCUUGGAAGCGUGUUAAUCCAGUGGCAAUAGCAACUGUGGAAUCUUGGGUUCAACCUGUCAAGGAUGGCGAUCCCGUAAACGGAAUUAGGGAACCUAGAAUAACGCCUUGGGGAGGAAAUAUGAGGAGUAUAAUUAGGGAGCAUUUGUCACAAGCUUCGGUACCGGGACCGACUGGUGACGUUCUGAUGUUGGCGACGCUGGAUAGGGUGCGCAUGUUAUUCGAGGGCUUUCGAACCUCAGUCUCUUUAUGUCCAAGAAAGACAACAAUUUUGGAGGAGGGAAGUAACGAAGAAGUCCAAAAGCUCGUUUCAUAUUGGAAGGACAUUGUCGCUGACGGCGGGGCCUCUAGUGGCCUAGGAAUAAAGUUUCACAGCUCGUUAUCGCUUGCAGCUGAACCUCGACGGAAAGGGCUAUAUGAACCUUUCUAUUGGGCUAAGUCUAAUGGUCAGCCUUUUUCAACUGCACCACUCCUUCCACUCCUUUUUCCAGAGCCUCUACCUACCAUUACCUUACUUGACCGAUCACAAUUCUUUCGCGGGCGCGUGGAUAGCGACUCUAACGACUUUCAGCAUCUCCGCGCUGUUGACGGACAUUUGCGACCUGAGGGCCGAACAUCGGUACCUGCCAGUGACGGUGCUUUCGGUAUUUUGAACCAAGGAGGAAUGACAAUUCCAGUCCAUGAUGGGGACCUUCUGUUGGUGGUACAAAACCCUAUCACUGACUCUUCCUCUACGGGCUCUCGACCCUCAUCUCUCGUGAGGUCUCGACCUCCAAGUUCUGACAUCGACCCUUCGUCUUUACUAGAUGGUAAAUCUGAUAAACCUAUCGGUCGGACGCCCUCCAUCCGAGUCAAGCCUGGGUCCUCCGCUAAUCUAGAGAGAAAGAGUAGCGUCGCUCGUCGUAGCUCGCUCCCAUCAUUGUCGCAGCGUCAGCCUUUAACGCUGGCUGAAAAUUCUUCGGAACCUCCCUUACGGGUUCUCGUUCAGGCGGGCACGUUGGAUCGUCUUGUUGAUGUUCUCGUUCAUGGACUUCAUAAUGUUUCGGUAUCUGUCGCGGAUGACAAUGGUGAAAUGUCAUUGCGGGUCGGAAUGACACGAGAACUGUUGCUGGACCACAAAGAAUUUACCAGAGUGUGGUGGAAUGUUUUUCGUAGUUUUGUGACGCCACUUAUAUUUUUCGAGCUGUUGCGCAAAAUUUACAUCAAAAGCCAGCCGGCAGGGUCACCUCCGUUACCUGAUCAAUAUCUUGCUGCCAUAUCAUCGAAAUCACAGGUUCUCGACGCCAUGAAACUCUGGUUGACGAAGGGUGGCGGAGCUCAAGAUGUAUUGGAUGACUCUCAGCUCCUUCAAGCACUUCGAGCCUUUUUUGCCAGUUCUACUUGGGAUAACAUGACCGAAUCACGGCAAGCCCUUGAACAACUUCUGCUAUCUCAGACAAUGAGGCCAUCGACUUCUCCAACCCAAACUGUUUCUCGAAACGCGGUAACCACGACCGAGUCUCGCCCUCCGGAUAUGGAUCGCAUGAGCCCCAAGGAGUUUGUUGACAAUAUCGACGGGAUGGCAUUUGCGGCCUUCAACAAUGUAACAGAAGAAGUGCAAGGUACUGAUCGAACUGGAUGGUUCCCACCGCGAGAGGCGUCGUCACUGGAUGAGUAUAUCGAGAUACAAACUAUUCACAGCCAUAUUCAGGACGUAGAGCCAUCCUCUCUCAUAUCCGAACUUUCACCUGAAAGCUUGUACCGUCUUCUUCCCCCUGGUAUUCGAAGCUGCAUUCGAGCACACUCAAUCAUACGGAAAUGGCUGAUUUCGAAAAUUGUCGCUCCCCGUAUAGGUCUCCGCGCACGUCAAAUGCGAAUAGAGUUUUUACUGCAAGUCAUUGAAGUCGCUCGGCUGCGUAAUGCGGAGAGUUCUUCACCCAAUUCUGUCUAUGAGCAGCCCUGUGUUCGGUCUUUCGUAGAAGCAGCGGUGACAUCCGCCAUCCUGAGUCCUGAAUGCAGAAUGCACCACCGAGCAUGGCAGAAUGUUUCUGCUAGUCAAUGUUGCAAUUACGACACAAUUUCUCAGCUGCUUGCACGACCCAAAACUCAAUCUGUCGCAUCUAGAGAUCCCUUAACUGUGGACAUGGGCUGGCUGAUAGAGCGGAUUCUGGACGUUAUUGCCAUGCCCGAUCUUGUUGAAUCUCAUAAUGAAGAAGGGCAAAAUCUCGUUAACUUUGAUAAACGCCGUAAUCUCUGCAACUUCAUAUCCAACGCACCGUCACUGCUCUCGCAAAGGCUUGCUCAUCGGAAUGAUAUCAACAGACGAGGCUUCGAAUGUCUCAACAACAUUGAACGCGAAAUUUUCUCCAUUCAAUCUGAUAUCCGCGGAAUCAAGGAUGAGGCAUAUCGGGAGGGCGCUGCUGCGAACGCUCCCGGGACACCGUCAAAAAAGAUUUCGUGGCCCUUUCAAAGACUUGUCGCUAUUCAGAUGGACAAACAUCGGCGGGACAAGAACUUGCGAGCACAUCUACAGAAAGAGAAGACGCAGGAACAAUUUCGUAAUGAAAAACGAGAAGAGCAAUUGGACAAAGCGAUGAAGGGAGGACGAAGACUGACUUCGGUUGCACAGAAGCAGCAUCGCAAUAAGAAAAGCAUGUCGUCGCUUUUCAGUUUUAUGCGACUCAUUUCCAGUGCAUUCGGUGUCGAUAAUUCUCAUUCCCCUGUCCUAAGGAGAACCGCCUCUGAGCUUGAAUUUACUCCUUCCGGAAAGCCAACAUUAGUUGUGAACCUCAUGGAUUCCAGCGUUAACCAUUUCAUCAACAACGAACGUUCUUUCACCUUUAGGCUCGAUACUGAGGACGGCGCAAAGCAAGUGCUGUCGAAGCGGGACAUAACCAAGUGGAUCGAUACUCUUGCCAGGGUCUCAAAAAUAGUGGCAAAACGGCGGCUCACUUACAUCGGGAAUUCUCCCAAGCCUCAGAUCGCGGACCAUAUUCACAACCAACCCGUCACCGCUACCAGGGAUCCUAAAGCAGUGUUUGGUGUAGAACUGAACUUCUUGCUGGAGCGAGAGUACGGUGGUAGUCCAGUACCUCCAAGGACCAUACCGUUUGUCGUUGAACCAUCCUUGGCUCAGGUGGAAGCCCGAGGUAUGAUGGAAAUUGGGAUCUGCUAG